AAGUUCUUCAUUAUCUCAGUCCUGGUGAUGCGUGAGUCACCAGAUCUCUGUCUUCAGGGCGUGGGUGUGUGUCGUCAAACUCAGUUCUUGGCUUUCAGAUGUGGUCCACGGUGCACAGUGUCCAACCUGCACAACAGGGGCUGUGAGCGGGGGCCCUGCUUCACCAUCGCGUGGAGCGGGUGUGUGCACCUGGCACCCCAGGCACCCCAGGCACCGCUGUGGCUGGCCGCUUACCCCAGGCUGCGGAGAGCCUCGCGACUCAGGCAGGCCUGUCAGGUUAUGUUAAAUCCACUCCGUCCUCCUCCUCCUCCCCCUCCUGAGAACUGUCAUAGCUGGAGCCACCCGCGCGCCUGUUGGGAGACUCUCAUUUUGUCGUGUUGCGACCACAAGCCCACAUCUUUUGGGGGCCUGCUGGUCUCAAGCAUGCGACCAAUACACAAGGUGAUCUGUAUUUUGCUUGGUGGCAUUUCUUCGGUGGUGCUGAUUAACUCAGAAAGGAGUCCUCUAGUUGGAGCGGGGACAGCAUCCCUGGGUGGGCGGCUCUGGUCCUGCACAGUGUCAAUGAUGAGAGCUUCCAGGGAAAAGGAACUGAAGGAUGCCAUCCAGGGGAAGCACCACCUGAGGCCCCACUAUGCAGGCCUUCCCGCACGGGGCUGGCAGCCUCACAAGGUGAAAACAGAGCAUGCCUGGCUCCAGCACGUGCUCGCCAUAGUGACCAGAGAACGUGAUUUGGCCGUGAAGGAGAAACGCCAGCUCCAAGCCAAGCUGGAGAACCUAGAACAGGUCCUAAAGCACAUGCGCGAGGCCGCGGAACGCCGGCAGCAGCUGGAGCAUGAGCAUGAGCAGGCCCUGGCCGUUCUCCACGCCAAACAGCAGGAGAUCGACCUGCUGCAGAAGGCUCAGGUUGAAGCUAAGAGAAAGCAUGAAGGUGCCGUCCAGCUGCUAGAGAGCAAGGUUCGGGAGCUGGAGGAGAAAUGCCGGACGCAGAGUGAGCAGUUCAGCCUGCUGUCGCAGGACCUGGAGAGGCUCCGGCAGCACGCCGGGAAGAUCGACCUGCUGGGAGUCAGCCCUGGCGUCUCCGUAGACGUCCCCGCGCCCGGCAAGCCUUUCCCGCAAUUCAUGAACGGACUCAGCCCCUCCAUCGGCAAAGGUCAGGAGAGCACCGUCGGAAGCCGCACUGUGACUGGGGACUAUAUCCGGCCCCUCCCGCUCCCUGGUGACAAGCCGGAGCCUCUGCCCAUCAAGCCCACCUUUCUGUCGAGAUCCGCUAGCCCAAGAUGCAGAUUUGAAUCAGACAUGGAUAAUGAACGCAGUUCCGGUACCUCCAAGCAGCAGAGGCACUCGGGGAAAGUCCACCUGUGUGUCGCCCGCUACAGUUACAACCCCUUCGACGGGCCGAACGAGAACCCGGAAGCCGAGCUGCCCCUCACGGCGGGGAAGUACCUCUACGUGUACGGGGACAUGGACGAGGACGGCUUCUACGAAGGCGAGCUCCUGGACGGGCAGAGGGGCUUGGUGCCCUCCAACUUUGUGGAUUUUGUCCAGGACAACGAGUCGCGGCCGGCAAGCACGCUGGGGAACGAGCAGGAUCAGAAUCUCAUCAACCGUUCGGGCAUCGGCUCGGAGGGGGAGAACAUUCUGGACCUGCACGCCCCCACCCCUAUCGAUGCCGGCGUCGCGGACGGCGGUGCGGAGACGCUGGGCGGGAGCGUCGACGACGUCGGAGAAGACAUCGUGCCUUACCCUAGGAAAAUCACCCUCAUCAAACAACUCGCCAGAAGUGUCAUUGUGGCCUGGGAGCCGCCGGCAGUGCCGCCGGGCUGGGGGACCGUGAGCAGCUACAGCGUGCUCGUGGACCAGGAGCCGCGCGUGAGCCUCACGCUGGGGAGCAGGACCAAGGCCCUCAUCGAGAAGCUCGACACGGCGGCCUGCACCUACCGCAUCUCCGUGCAGUGCGCCACCAGCAGGGGCCACUCGGACGAGCUGCGCUGCACGCUGCUGGUGGGCAAGGACGUGGCGGUGGCCCCCUCCCAGCUGAGGGUGGACAACAUCACCCAGAUCUCGGCCCAGCUCUCCUGGCUGCCUGCCAACAGCAACUACAGCCACGCCAUCUUCCUCAACGAGGAGGAGCUCGACGUCGUCCGGGCCGCGAGCUACACGUACCGGUUCUUCAACCUCAGGCCCAACGUGGCCUACAAGGUGAAGGUCCUGGCCAGGCCCCACCAGAUGCCGUGGCAGCUGCCCCUGGAGCAGCGGGAGAAGAAGGAGGCCUUCGUGGAGUUCUCCACGUUGCCGGCAGGCCCUCCGGCGCCCCCCCAAGAUGUCACCGUCCACGCUGGGCCCACCCCAGCAACCGUCCAGGUCUCCUGGAAGCCACCCGCCCUGACGACUGCCGGGCUGUCCAACGGGGCGAACGUGACCGGCUACGGCGUGUACGCAAAAGGGCAGAGGGUGGCUGAGGUCAUCUCCCCCGUGGCGGACAGCGCGGCCGUGGAGCUGGUGCGGCUGCGGAGCCUGGAAGCCAAGGCCGUGACCGUGCGGACCCUCUCUGCACAGGGCGAGUCCGUGGACUCUGCCUUCGCUGCCAUUCCCCCCGACCUCCUGGUGCCUCCAACCCCCCACCCGAGAACUGCUCCCACACCGAAGCCAUUAGCAAGUGCCGGAGCCCCUGAUACCAAAGAGGAACACCCGGGUCCCCACAUCAUGGUGGACGAGGCCUGGGAGCAGAGCCGGGCACCGGCCCCCGCCCACGGCCACAUGCUGGAGCCACCCAGCAUGCAGGGCUCGGGCCCGGGGCGGCGGUCGCCCUCGCCCAGCCGGAUCCUGCCGCAGCCGCAGGGCACCCCGGUCUCCACCUCCGUCGCCAAGGCCAUGGCCCGGGAAGCCGCGCAGAGAGUGGCCGAGAGCAGCCGGUUAGAGAAAAGGAGCAUCUUCCUGGAGAGGGGUGGCAGUCUGUAUGUAAACUCAGACGAGGAGGACGGCUACGGCUCCCCGGACGUCAAGAGGAGGGGCGCCUCGGUGGACGACUUCCUGAGAGGCUCAGAGCUUGGCAAGCAGCCGCACUGCUGCCACGGAGACGAGUACCACACGGAGAGCAGCCGGGGCUCCGACCUGUCCGACAUCAUGGAGGAGGACGAGGAGGAGCUCUGCUCCGAGACGCAGCUGGAGGACGGGGGCAGGAGGCGGCCUGGCGGCACAUCCCACAACGCCCUCAAGGAGUGCUUUCCGAGUAGCCGCCCCGACCACCCCCAGCAGACCUACCACAGUAAGGGGCUGUUCAGUAUCCCCGAAGUAGCCGAGGACGGGGAGCAGCUCCGGUCCUCGCACAAGCAGGGCUUAGGGUGCUCCGCCAGGGCCAGGGCCCGCGCCCGCAGCGGGGACGAGGCCCCCCCGGCGUCCUGGCUCCCGGCAAAACCCAGGGGCCCCGGGGUCGGCCCCUACGCCGAGGACUUCGUGCCGGAAGACAGAGGCUGCCGGUUCGGCCGCUCGGCCAGCAGGAGCCCGGACAGUGGCCUGGACUGUGGGAGCGACGAGGAGGAGCUGCACUUCAGCUUCUGGAACACGGCCAAGUGCAGCCCAGGCCCCGGGCACUGUCGCUGUAGGAGGAGCCUGAGGCCUCUGCUGGCCCGGCGACGGACGCUGACCCGGCAGAGCAGCAUCGAGGAGGACUUUGGGGAGCAAGCAGUCCCCGGUGACGCCCUCAGGAGCGAUGGCGCCCCCCCAGGCCCAGAGAGAGCCACCCCCAGGAGGUCUGGCUGGGAGGAGCCCCUGGCUCACCAAGGCUCGCGGGAUGUCUGCAAGAAAAGCGUAAAACUGCCCGACAGUAGGGCCACUGGCCGCCAGGCACAGCCGCGUCCCGGGCCCGCAGAAGGCCCCUUGAUUUUAGGAAACCCGGUGUCUGCAGGACGGGCCGACAGGGCGGACCACGCGGGCCGGAGGUUCUCCCACGGCAGUGCUGGCCCUCAGAGGUCGCGGCCAGUGAUGGUCCCAUGCAUCGAUGAAUACAGUGAGCGAGACCACCUUUCUCCAGACUUCUACGAAGAGUCGGAAACAGACCCUGGUACAGAAGAGCUCCCAGCCCGAAUCUUUGUGGCUCUUUUUGACUAUGACCCCCUCACCAUGUCCCCAAAUCCGGAUGCUGCAGAAGAAGAGCUUCCUUUUAAAGAAGGACAGAUCAUCAAGGUGUAUGGGGACAAAGACGCCGACGGCUUUUACCGGGGGGAGACCUGUGCCCGGCUCGGCCUUAUUCCCUGCAACAUGGUCUCGGAGAUCCAAGCCGACGACGAGGAUAUGAUGGACCAGCUUCUGAGGCAAGGGUUCCUUCCUCUGAACACGCCUGUGGAGAAAAUAGAGAGAAGCCGAAGAGGCGGCCGGCACCCGGGGGCGACUCGGAGGGUGGUGGCCCUGUAUGACUACGACCCCAGGGAAAGCUCACCGAACAUCGACGUCGAGGCGGAGCUGACGUUCUGCACGGGAGACAUUAUUACCGUGUUCGGUGAAAUCGAUGAAGAUGGCUUCUAUUACGGGGAACUUAAUGGGCAGAAAGGCCUUGUCCCUUCCAACUUCCUGGAGGAAGUGCCUGACGACGUGGAGGUCUACCUCUCCGACGUGCCCUGUCACUACUCCCGAGACGCACCGCCGCGCUCCAAGGCCAAACGGGUUCCUCCCGAGGGUUCAGGUACAGCAAGGAGAGCGUCAUCCCCCUCAGCCCAUCUCCAUUCGGGGUCACCUACGUCAUCUAUGGGUACUGGUAGUCCUGGGAGAGGCAGGGAAAUGUCCUCGAAAAAGAAAAAGGGGCUGCUUUCCAAAGGCAAGAAACUGCUGAAAAGGCUGGGUGCAGUGAAAUGACCCAUGUGCUUCUGGACAACUCCCACACCUCCGUAAUUCUCCUUAAUUCCAAACUAGGGCUUUCAUGACUCAAGUACCUUCCUAAACAAACACUCUUCUCCCCUGACACCAGUAGAGAAACGCUCUUUGCGCCACCGCGCACUUUAAGGCCACCGCAAGGACAAAGAGCUGCUGGUGCCCCUCCCCCCAGCCUCCCCCCCCACCCCUUACCCCCCCC